AUGCGUGGCUGGAAACUGCUGCGAGUCAAGGCCACCGAUGGGGAUUACGAAAUCGACAAGCUUAUGACGGAGAUUGAGCAUGAUCUGGAAAUGCUAGGUGCAACAGCAAUUGAGGACAAGCUGCAGAAUAAUGUUCCAAGAUGCAUUGCUAAUCUAAUGCGCGCAGGAAUGCGAGUGUGGGAAGGGAUUUAA